UCUUCUAUCUCCCAGCCAUCACCGCAAGAAGUUGCCUCUCUCUGAUCCAUACACAUAGACAAGAACCAUGCUGCGCAAGAACAACAUGUCCUCCCUUGUCUUCCUCAUGGCGCUGCUGCUCUCAUGCAGCUCCAUGAGCAGCGCAGCACGGCACCUAGAGGAGGCCGUGCCCAAAAAGGAGUAUCCACCACAUCCGAUCGUCCCGGAGCUGCCAAAGCCCGAACUCCCACCUCACCCUGCCAUGCCUGAGCUACCGAAGCCUGAACUACCGCGCCCUCUCGUUCCCGAAGUGCCACACCCCGUGGCGCCGGAGACACCAAAGGAGCCUGAACUGCCGCACCCCGUGGCGCCGGAGGUGCCAAAGCAUGAGCUGCCGCCGCACCCUGCUAUGCCCGAGCUCCCGAAACCUGAACUACCGCAUCCGGCUGUGCCACAGACGCCAAAGGAGCCUGAAGUGCCACACCCCACGGUGCCCGAGGUGCCAAAGCACGAGCUGCCGUCGCACCCUGCUAUGCCCGAGCUCCCGAAGCCCGAACUACCACAUCCGGCUGUGCCUGAGGUGACAAAGGAGCCGGAAGUGCCGCACCCCGUCGUACCGGAGGUGCCAAAGGAGCACGAGCUGCCGCACCCUACCAUGCCAGAGUUGCCAAAGCCUGAAAUGCCACACCAUGCCGUGCCAGAGAUACCAAAGGAGCUCCAUGUGCCGCACCCUGAGGUACCGGAAGUGCCAAAGGAGCCUGAGUUACCGCACCCUGCCGUGCAGGAGGUCCCGAAGCACGAAAUGCCACCGUUCCCGAAAGCCGAGCUGCCCCAGAAGCCCGAGUUCCAUUUUCCGGAGCCAGAGGCCAAGCCAUGAUCGGACUAGCUGCACCCGCGUAGUGCCGUUAUCAAGUAUUAUUAAACUAUAUACUAGUAUAUGUGUGUGAUUGUUCUAUUAUACAUGUGCGUGGGUGCGUGCGUGGUACAUGUCGUUUAGAGCAUACACUCUAGUUCCGGACGGCAGCGUUAUGUUUGAGUGGUGUUGCAUGGUGCAGCUGCUCAAUUUGUUCUCUACUUCCCUUUACGUAUAUGCAGAUGUAUAUGAUAUAUGUACCUGAAUAAUUAUGUUUUCGUGUUUGGAGUUUUUUUAUUGGAUCA